AUGGCGGUUUCGACAUUUAUCUCUACCACUCUUCUCUCUGACUUUACUACAGCAAAGGUCGCCUCCCCAGGCGUGACGCACGACCAGGCCAUCGCCUCCAAACACCCUGCCGAUUGGCGCUUCAACUACAAGGGCCCUACGUAUUGGGGAUCUAAGCCAUCUGCCCAAUGGCGCUUCGCAGACGAUCGAAUUGGAAAAUCUCAGUACGGUGAUACCGGCGAUGUUUAUCGUGCCAUGCUGCCGUUUUCGGAUGUGACCUCGAGAACAUCACUUGAGUCCUACAACGGACCUGCUUUGGUUGCCAACGUUCGUACCGUUUGUCGCGCCCCUCCGUUGCAGAACUCGAGUAUUUUUGCCCAGGGAAUGGUUAGCCCGCACUUCGGAGACGCAAAAGAUAGUGUGUCAGCGGUUCUAAAUACGACAGAGCCGUCUGAGUGUAUGCUCUAUUGUCGAGAUGAGGGUAAAUUGACAGGCUGGCCUGUGUCUCUGUGCGACUAUUCCGGCUCUUUCAUGCCCCAGCCCGAACUUCCAAUAGAUCCAAUGACAGAAAGGAAGCACAGCUUCCAGCAAAUGCUCGUCGUCAAUGCGACGACCAAUAUUGCUGCAGACGAGUUUAGGGAUACUAAUGGAGGACCCUCACCCAAACGGCUACGGAAUCUGACUUAUGAGUUGGGAGAUGUAUGGACCAAAGCAUACGAUGCCAAUGGGGAUCAUAUUCUAAGUGCCACUUUCUGUUUCCUCAACACAUACCCUGCGCAGAUAUACAACGUUAGCAUGUCUGGGCAUCAAACUGCCAGGGAACCUAGUCUCAAUGCCCGCAAGAUUGACAGCGCUCGUCUUCAACUUGGGAACGAGGGAGACUCCGCGAAGCGCGGGAUUCUUGACCUCGACAUCGGACGGCGCCUGAACGUCAGUUCUCGUCUUGUAGACUUUGUCGAGGGAGUUCCGAUGGAAGACGGACCGGCCCACGAUCCAUAUUAUAGGACUUUGGGGCUCGAACAUCCAUCGAUGUCCAACACGACUUGGGGUAUGAUGUCACCAGCACAGGAAGUCGAGCAAGGAUGGUCAGCGAAUCUUGCACAUAUCUCGCUCUUCCAGAGUAUUAUACAGGAAACAGAAGGCCCUGCCAUGGCGAUUCAAGGUCUGAUGACUCGGCUGUAUCAGAUGGUCUAUUACAACUGGCUUGAAGAAUAUGACCUCAAAUACCCUGUGAACACUAUACAUACGCAAGAUCGGCUUAUACCGACUAGAUGGACUGGGCUUAUUAUUGUUCUCGUUCUUAUUACGGUACAUCUUGGGCUCGUCUUUACAACAAUUAUUCUCUUUAUGCUAAAGACCAGGGCUUCAGCGCUUGGGAACAUUUGGCAUACUCUUGUGCAGACAGCGCCAAUGGCUGAUGGCGUUGAGGGGGCGGAUAUGAUGUUGGAUGAUGAGGUUGAGAAGUGGACCAAGGCGACUGGUAGGAAUACCGACGUUUGUGGUAUAAAGAAGUCGGGCAAGGAUGGCAAGGUUGGGGUUCAACUGUUGAGAAACAGGAGCUGA